AUGGUGGUGGGAGGGGGUAAAGGCGGAGUUAACCGCUGCGCACGCGCAGAGGGAGUCUCUGACGCCGGCUGGCCCCGUUGCCCUGACCAGCGAUGGCGGAGCGCGUGGAUGGUGGGAGGAAGGCGCUCGAGAGGCGGCGGAAGUGAUACCUGCCUCCUCUUGGUUGGGCGAGAACGAGGGGCGGAAGACGCCGGCGAGGCUGAGCGCGGGAGGGGGGCGAGCCUUGCUCCCGUUGCCAGGUAAAAGGAGCACGGGGGGGGGGCAAGUGAUCUUUGGGCUUUUUGGGGGGGGAUUGACCUUUCGUCCCCCAUUUGAGUUGCGGGGCUUGUUCUGUGAGGUUUUGCUUCAGGCUGGAGGGGCUUAUGUAAUGCCAAACUGAACUUGGUCCCAGGCAUUGGGCUACCUCAUGGCUGACCUCCUCUGACACGUUUCUUCACAUUUAUUUACUGCAUCGAGGUUUAUUGGUUUGUUUUUUUAAAGUAGCUGUUGUAAAUCUUCUAGCUGUGGGACAGGCAGGUCGCUCGCCCUCAGUCAAGACACUUGCUCCUGGGGUGCCCUACCAAAAUAAAAACCCCCAAAAACCCAACAGGAUUGGGUGCAACAGACAAAUUAAAAGGGGCUUGUGCUGUAGUCCGCUUGGAGCAAACCCAAAGUACGUUGGACGCAGCUGCCAAGCCCCUCUCUUUCCUCUUCCUUUUUUCCUGAUCUCUCCUUGGGAAUCUUUUUAGGAAAGGUCAGUUGCGAACAUUGUUGUUGUUGUUUGUUCCUGCCAGCCUGGAAUCCUGGCUCGGAAGAAUGCAGCUCAGACAGGAUCAGCUUGGGCCCCACCAACUCUUCUGAAUCUUUCAGGGAGCUUGUUUCAGCAAAAGCACCUAUUAAGACCCUCAGACUGAAAUCAGCAAAAAGUUUCGACGGCAGAGUCCAGCCUAAAGCUGCCAACUUAGAAUUAAUAGGGAAAUUUGACUCUUCCAAACUGGGGCUUAGUGAUGAUUUCAUUUCACUUUAAAAUUGUAUAACCUACCACGUUUCUGUAUUACUACACACAAGGCAAUUUGGGAUUGGCUAGCUCCCUCUUUGAGUUGCAGUUAUCUUUCUUUUUUUUGUCAGUUCAUUCCCAGGUGGAAGUGUUUCGUGUUUCCUCUGGUUGGAUCUUUUAUAGUUUGUCUGGAUUUCAUUUUAAGUCACACUCUGAAUAGGAAUGUGGUGUAUCUUGAAUGUGGGAGAGAGGGUUUCUGGCCACGCUUUGGACAAAUGCACACUUGCCAGUUGAGGUUGGGCUUCAUAGAAUCAUAGAGUUGGAAGGGACCGCAAGGCAGCUGUCCCAUACGGGGAUCAAACGUGCAACCCUUCACUGCAGAACUAGGGUGGUAUUCAACUAAGCUUUACUCAGAGUAGACCCAAAUAAAAAAGGUUUUCAAAAAGUGAAAAAGAUCCUCUAGAUCUGUUGCCAGUAUUGCUUCGGAGGGUAUGGUCCCUGGCCCAUAAAGCUUGUGUUUCCAAUAAACAUAUUAUUGUUGAAGAUUCCACGGAGCUCUCUGCUAUUUGAGGUGUAUUCAUUAUGCAGAAUAGGAAGUCUUUCAUCACACUGCAUUUCUGGCAAAGUGCAUGCUCCAUAUAUUGCAUGGAGCUGACAGUUCCAGCAGCUCAGAGAUACACACCCAGUGUUUUUCUAGGUCAGUAUGGCACAGUUGGGGUGGGACUGUUAUGGUUUCCUCCUCUCUGGAGAAGCUAGUCACAAUCCGGUUACUAGUCAAUUUCACUUGAGUUUGACACACUAACUUGCAGGUCACAGGGUAAAAUGUGAGCCUUCACUACAAAGCACUUGAAGGCUGCAGACACUUUAUAAGACUUUCAAGAGAUCAUUUGUUUUAUGAAUAUUGCCUAUAAGGAUCAGCACUGAAGGAAAAUGGUACUGAUUUUUCUAAUCCGGAGAAAUUAACAUUUGGACAGGGGGAUAAAGGGAAUGCAUAAAAUUUAAUGCAACAUCUGAUUGGCCACUGUGAAAACAGGAUUCCUGCUUUACUAAUCUAAUUUGCUGUUUUGUCCCCCUCAUUUGAUUAAAUUUAACAGUCUAUUUUCAUAAUAAUGCAUAUUAUUUCUUAUCUUCUUUAUUUUAGCAAUGGUGAAUUGUAUGGGAGAUGGUUUUUUCCUGUCUCUAGGAUUAUAACAGCUAGUCAUAAAAUCACUUUAUCCUGGAGUAUGAUUGAAAUAUUGUAUGGCAGAAUUGAAUUACACUUUUUGAACAUGGAUACAAAAGGCGCAGAAGUUCAAAAGGCUUAAAUAUACACAUGUUAAUUGUGGAUGACAUGAUUUUUUGAUGAUUGGGUUUCUCUACAACAAGGAAGCAAAGCUUGAUAAUGAUGGUUAUUUAUUACAUUAUAUUGUAAGUCACUUUGAGUUUACACGUUGUGAAAAAGAGACUAAUAAGUCCUGUGAAUAACAAUAAAAUAUUAAUGUUUAAUUUAUUAGUUGCCUCUUACAAAAUUUUAAGCGUAUAAAGUAUAAAAUUAUAAAGUGUAUAAAGUACCAAAUAAGAAACAAUGCCUUACAAUAAAAUUUGUACAAAAUAGACUUAAUAAAAGAGCAAAAACUUAUAACCAACAAACAGCAAAAACAUCUUAAUCCAUCAUAUCUCUGGGGAAAGAAAUAAGUUUUUACCUGUCACCAAAAGGAUGUUAAAGAUGUCACCAUCUAGACCUCACUGGGGACAGCAUUCCACUAGUAAGGAGCCACAACUGAAAAGGCCCUAUUCCUUGUUGAGACACUUUAAACCUUCCUCAGAGGCAGUACCUGAAGGAGGGGCUAAGAUGAAGAUUGAAGAGUUUGAGUAGUUUCAUAUCGGAAGAGAUACAGAACCUCAAAGAUAUUGGUCCGUAAAGCCAUAUAAUGCUUUGUAGACCAAAGUCAUCACAUUGAAUUAGGCUCAGAAAUGUGCUUGGUGUUGGAAGUCCAGCCUUCUGUAAAGGUACACUUAGUAGUACGGUGGUACCUCGGGUUAAGUGAGAGCCAGUGUGGUGUAGUGGUUAAGAGCGAUAGACUCCUAAUCUGGGGAACCGGGUUCGCAUCUCCGCUCCUCUACAUGCAGCUGCUGGGUGACCUUGGGCUGGUCACACUUCUUUGAAGUCUCUCAGCCCCACUCACCCCACAGAGUGUUUGCUGUGGGGGAGGAAGGGAAAGGAGAAUGAUAGCCGCUUUGAGACUCCUUCUGGUAGUGAUAAAGUGGGAUAUCAAAUCCAAACUCUUCUUAAGUACUUAAUUCGUUCUGGAGGUCCGUUCUUAACCUGAAACUGUUCUUAACCUGAAGCACCACUUUAGCUAAUGGGGCCUGCCACGCCGCCGGAGCACGAUUUCUGUUGUCAUCCUGAAGCAAAGUUCUUAACCUGAGGUACUAUUUCUGGGUUAGCAGAGUCUGGAGCCUGAAGCGUCUGUAACCUGAGGUACCACUGUAGUGCUAGUAGUAGAAAUAAUUUGCAGAUACCUACAGUAAAUAUCCCUGCUAUUGGAUCCAUACCUAGUACUUUGAAAUUCUUGCAGUACUUUUGAACAAGCAUGUGGAAAUUCAUUUCCCACAGUACAAUACCACUGGGAAAGGCAGCAGAGGAGUAUCUUUCUCAGCUGUCAUAUCUCCAGCUGUCAUCACCUCCAUUGACUGCCAAGAGAAGGUACCUUGGAUGCUCUUGUGUGGAAUGCAAAGCGUUGUGGGAACAUCUGGAAUCCCUUCUCUCUGUGGAGGGGCCUAUGCCCAGGAACGUUCAUUUCCAUUUGUGGGGGAGAGAUGGGAGAGGGGAAUAAAACUCUCCUUGCAAAUGACACCAUUGAUGUAUUGCCUUGGUUGCUGAAUGUAUUUGGACUUGCUUGGAUUGGGAGUUAAAUUUCACUUUCUCUUAACAUCUGUACCAUUUACUCUUUCAGUUGCAUAAUGGCAGACACUAAUCCCUCCCCCCUGAAACACUUUGUGCUGGCUAAGAAGACGAUUACUGCCAUUUUUGAAGAGCUCCUGGAUUAUGUUACGGAAGGAACGCAUUUUGUUGAAGGUUAGUUUUUAGUUGGAGAGGGGCAGGGAAUAUAUGUUUUUGCAGCAGCAGGAAAACACUGAGAACCAUUCCUUCUCUCACACAGCAUGUGUAGGUAGUAUCUAAGAAUGCUUCACCAUAAUCUGUUGAGGGCAGGUUUGGUUAGAGAGUCCGUCGUCUGUUUUGAUUCUGCCUGGCUUGAAAUACAAUCGAGUUACUGUUAGCAUGGUAAACUUGGGAGUGAAGAAGUUGGCAAAAAUGAUGAUUAGGGGCUCAACACACAUUGUAAAACUAGAAAAGGGCUUAGCGGUUUGUUCUGCCACUUAACUAUCGAAUUUGGUCCCACAAGGUGCAAUGAUGACUAUCAACCUGGGUGGCUUUAAAAGAGGAUUAGACAGGUUCACUGAGGAUAAGGCUUUCAGUGGCUACUAGACACUUCGGCUAUAUUCUACCUCCACUGGAAGAGGCAGCGUGCUUCUGAAUACCAGUUGCUGGAAAUCACCAGUGGAGAGGGCAUUGCUGCAUGUGGGUCUUGCUUGUGGGCUUUACGUAAAGGUAAAGGGACCCCUGACCAUUAGGUCCAGUCGUGGCCGACUCUGGGGUUGCGGCGCUCAUCUCGCUUUAUUGGCCGAGGGAGCCAGCGUACAGCUUCCAGGCCAUGUGGCCAGCAUGACUAAGCUGCUUCUGGCGAACCAGAGCAGCACACGGAAACGCCGUUUACCUUCCCGCCAGAAGGUACCUUCCCACCUAUUUAUCUACUUGCACUGGCGUGCUUUUGAACUGCUAGGUUGGCAGGAGCAGGGACCGAGCAAUGGGAGCUCACCCUGUCACGGGGAUUCAAACCGCCGACCUUCUGAUCGGCAAGUCGUAGGCUCUGUGGUUUAACCCACAGCGCCACCCGCUUUACCUUUUUUGGUUUGGUCCCAUAGGGCUCAUGACUUCCCUACCUGCUUUGCCUCACUUGAUUCAAUUGGCUCAGCUGCUCUGAUGGGCCUGGGCAAGCAGCAGUUUGCAGCCCUUCUGACAGCUGUUAGCUACUUUGAUACCACAGAAGAGCUUGGGCUGCCUUGGGGCAUGCAGUUGAGUGCCAAGGAUUUAUUUGGCAACCCAUUCAGAUUCUGAGAUCCCUGAACAGCAUCUGGUAAAUGAAAAUUUCUCUGAGUGCUACCUAUCCUCAGUGCGCUUUCGAACAUUGGUGUAAACUGGCUGAUUAUUUGGAGCCUUCCAAGGGCAUGCAGGAGGAAGACCUAUGCUGCUUAUCUGAUUAAUAGGGGAAGAGUGUUGGGUCACGUAACUUUGGUAAAGAUACGAAAAGGAAACAGAAAUCCUUAAAUGUUUUCCUAUUUGGAGAACAGAAAUCUAGAAUCAAAUCCAGUAAUCAAGAAGGAACUUCUUGACAUGCCUUGAUUUUUGGCCAUCUAGUUAGAAAUGAUUAGAGUAGAAAUGCCUUCCUUCGUUCAUGGGUACUGGGUCUUGAUCCCUCAUUGCACAAAUUGUCCCAUUGGAUUAAGGAAGCACUGCUGUGCAUAGCAGCCAGUUGUGUCAUUGUGACAUUGUCCCAUUUAAUGGCAGAAACUUACAAAAACCCGCAACUUGAAGAUAUAGCCACCAAGGAUGAACUGGCAAAAAUAGAGGAGUACAAGAAGAAGCUGGCAGUCAUUGGUGGGGUACUCGCACGAAGACACAUGAAAGUAGCUUUUUUUGGCAGGUAAGUGUUAAAUGACUCUUAUUUGGGAUCAGUGUGUAAAAUUACGGUUGCAAUCUGCCAGGAGCCUCUUCUGAACAAAUCUCAUAGAAAUGAGUGGUGCAAUAAGCACUGAAGCGUUCCACUGUCUCAUCAGUCCCUAAAGCAACCUUGCAAGGCCGUUCAGAAUCAUUCAUACCCAUACUGCAGAUAGGUUGAGUAAGGCUGAGAGAUUGUGAGUUUCCCAACUACUGAGCUCAGCGGAGAUGACAGUUUAGCUGCAGACCUCCUGGUUCACAGUUCACCUUUAUUUUAAUGCUGUUCAUGGGAGGUCUUUGUUUUUAGGUCUUCUCCUCCUCCUCUCCCCUUUCUCGUUGUUUGGGAAAGUUUCACUGGGGAGGCAAUCAGGCUGCUAACACUAUCUGUCCCCUCUCCCCAAGAGCUGCUCUUGCUUUGAAUGAGAAUUAAGAUUCAUAAUCUGACUUCCCGUAAGUUGUGUCUUGAACAACCUGGGAGAACAAAAGCAAAGUAAAGCAGCCUUGGGAAGUUUCCCAAAGCUGGAGAACGAGAAGGCUAUUUGAACAGUGGCCCCAAAGAAAGAGCCUUUGUCUAAUGAUUUCACCAGAGUAUAGAAGAAAACACAGUGUGCUAGUACGUAUAUAAUUCAGCUUCCAAAGAGGCUCUGUUUUCAUUUAUGAAUUCAUUUCAUGAUUUCAUAAAAUCAUCUUUCUGUCUGCAAUGUUUGCAAAACGAUACUUUUAAAGCCUGUAGAUGUUGCUUGGCUAGAUCUCUGAAGAGUCGAAUAAAUGUCCAAGGUUUUAUGGCUUCAUUUCUCUGCCUUGUUCAGCGCCCCUCUCAGAAUGAAUUCUGUGGAAUAACACAAAAUUUAUGGGGUGGGGUAUGAAUCGUACCAACGAACUCAGUUGGCUUAACCUUUGCAUGGCAUAAUUAAGCUUUAAAUUUUUUUUAAAAAGUGACGUUUUGAUUUCUUGGGCUAGAUUUUUAAUUUAGCAUGGCGUGUUCUCACUCGGUUUGAAACCUGGCAGUUUAACACUGUGCUUGCCCUCCUUUGCAGAACCAGCAGCGGAAAGAGUUCUGUCAUCAAUGCCAUGCUGUGGGACAGAGUGCUCCCCAGUGGCAUCGGGCACACAACCAACUGUUUCCUCAGUGUGGAAGGGACAGAUGGCGAUAAGGCUUACCUCAUGACUGAGGGCUCGGAUGAAAAGAAAAGUGUGAAGGUACGGAUUCUCUGGCUUAUAAACUGGUGUCCAGAAACCUUAUUAAAAGGACUACACAUGUACACUCGUUUCUUACCUGUCAUCCUUUAUUUUUCCCUCUGCCACUCAGAAGAAUAUGUUCCAAGUUUUAAGAAGUAGUUGUCCUAUGCCAGUUUUUUCAGAAUUUAUUCUCUACUGCACAGAACAAUAAGGGCAAAAAUCUUUUUUUAAAAAAAAAUCUAAAACAGCCAGGUUUGUGUCCUCGGACUACAACUCCCAUCAGCUGCAUGUGCUGGCUGCUCCAGAUGGGAGUUGUAGUCCAAAACAUCUAGAGGGCACCAGUUUGGCAAAGGCUGAUGCAGAAGACGCUAAAAAUGAGGCAUUUGGGAGGACAGGAGUUAACGCAGAGAUUUGGAAAGUUCAAUUUCUGUUACAGAAGACAAACACAAAUGUCCCUACAUACUCGUUAAUUUCUUUUGCUUUCAUUUAUUUCAAGAUAUUUGUGUCCUUCUUUUCAUGCAAACUUCACAUAGCUGUUUGCAUUAGAAUACUAAAACCAUAAGCAUCAAUUAAAACUGUAUAAUAAAACAGCAAAGACAAGUUAUAGUGGGGGUGAGAAUCUUUUUAAAAAUAAGAGUUCUCUCCUCGGAGCAAGAUGGUUCUUGAGGAGCCUUGUGAGUGGCAGUCAGGGGAGGAAGAGGGGUCCAGCUGAACUACUGGAGGCUGUCAGGAGCUCAUCCUACUCUCGAGUAGGACCCUGGCAGAGACAUGUUCUCUCCCUCCUGGUCGAUCGUUUGGGAGCUUCAAAAGCUUUCUUCAGCCCAAACAUCACAGCGACUGAUGCCAACAGACACCGGCACACUUAGGGAUCCGCAGAGUCUUCGCAGCUUGCGUAACAGACCUCAGCAACUCAGCAUUUUGGCUAACCUACUUUAUUUACAUAUAAACACACACAGAGCACUGCAACAUGGCUCCCUCUCUUUCUCUAGAAUCAGACAGCAAAGAGAAAAAGAACAAAGGACAAUAGUCCCACUUCACGGAACACAGUAACACAAACAUCCUGUCUCCAUCACUUCCCACUCUGUGGAGUCAAAACAUACACCGUCAUGUGAAAGACAACAAUCCCAUGACUGCAGUCAUGGAGCAGGAAUUCUAACAGAUGCUACAUGGUGGACACCUCACUUGCCUAUUAUCCAGUAUGUGUUUCUGGAUUUUGGGGGAAGGGCCUUAGGACCAGCGUGGGAAAGGUGUGUCCCUCCAGAUGCUGCUGAACUACAACUGUCAUCAUCCCCUAGCUAUUGGUCACGCUUGCUGGGGCUGAUGGGAGUUGUGGUUCAGCAACAUCUGGAGCGCCAAUCAUCUCCCAUGCCUGCUUUGGAAGGAAGGUAAGAACGUGUGGAGCAAAUGAGGGCAAUUUGAAUUUUCAAAGUAAGGGGAUAUGGGAUGGUGAAUCAUUGAAUACACACAGAGAAACGUAGCUGAGGAGAGGCCAAACCUCUAUUAUAUGUAAGAGUUCUGCACUUAUAUAUGAAAAGAAGUAAUAAUAAUAAUAAUAAUAAUAUUUAUACCCCGCCCAUCUGGCUGGGCUUCCCCAGCCACUCUGGGCAGCUUACAGCCCAUUAAAAAAUGCAAAACAUCAGACAUUUAAAAAUUCCUGGUACAAGGCUGCCUUCAGAUGUCUUCUGAAAGUCAGAUAGUUAUUUAUUUCCUUGACAUCUGAUGGGAGGGUGGGCGCCACUACUGAGAAGGCCCUCUGCCUGGUUCCCUGUUACUUCACUUCUCGCAGCAAGGGAACCACCAGAAGGCCCUCGGAGCUGGACCUCAGUGUCUGGGCUAAACGAUGGGGGUGGAGACGCUCCUUCAGGUAUACCGGGCUGAGGCUGUUUAGGGCUUUAAAGGUCAGCACCAAUACUUCGAAGGGUGCUCGGAAACGUACUGGGAGCCAAUGUAGGUCUUUCAGGACCGGUGUAAACUCCCAACAGCUUAUUUAGGAAUGCUGGUCCUUCAAUUACCAUGCCAGCUUAAGAAGCACCGGUCUCUUCCUAACCUUUUGAUUUCUUUUACAGACUGUUAAUCAGCUUGCGCAUGCCCUUCAUAUGGAUAAAGACUUAGAGGCUGGCUGCUUGGUCCACGUCUUUUGGCCAAAGGCUAAGUGUGCCCUCUUGAGAGACGACUUGGUGUUAGUGGACAGGUACAGCUCUUGAAUUUUGUUGGGCAUAUAAAGGUGCCGUGAGAAAAUGCACCGUUCUUUGGGAAUGCCCCGGGUUCUCCCUUGGCUGCACUUCCUUCUUUGCUAAGCCUCUGUGCCCAGAUUGGCUUGGUUACAGCUGAAAACCAGAGGAAGUCCCAUGACUGGCGCUUAAAAAGGGAAUCUAGCACUUGGCUGAAUUUUAAGUGUGCUUGCAAAACUAAGCCAAGCACGAGUGCAGACGUGUUCCCUUUCACUUUCAGGUUAUCCAUUUUUUUCUUUUGAAAUGCAGAGGACCUGGAAGUUGGACUUCCUGAGAGAGGUUUAACAAACAAACAAACAAACAAACAAAAAACUGGUGAAAGUGAUGCUUUUCAGAAGGGCAGCUGUGCUGGUCUGCUGUAGUUUGCAAGUCUAGCAAAUUUAUUGUGUGAAUUUAGAGGUCAUUGCUGUUGGUUUGAUCUUAAUCUAGGCUUGUGUUGCUUACUUAAUAGAACAUUUUCCUAGUAAUUUGUAUUGUGGCUCCUCUUUGGUAUUUCACUGGAAGUCAUGCGAACGCAUAAUCAUAAGUAUGCUGCUUACAAGGACCGAUUAGGAGAAUAGGUAGCUAUGUAUAGAUGAGUACAGAUGCAGAGAAGACCUGAAAUUUUACAAUGGAUCCAGAGGUCAAGGGGUGUGAAUGAAAAGUUGCGUGUCACUGGACAGCGCAGGCAAAUUUCAAGAUGCCGUCAGAACAGGGAUGUGCUUCCUGCUUCAAACAUAAUAUUCACAAAUGAUAUGUUACAGUGUGGUGGAACCUGCAGCGGACCACUGUAUGAGGGCUGCAUCAAGACCAGGACCCCAGGGAGAGUAGUUUUACCCCUUUCGUGCCCCCUGCAUGCCACAGCCCCAGUGAAAACUGACACCCUCUCUGUCCUACCCUCCAAGCUAUUUGCUCUGAAAGUAAUGCUUCCAAUGGAAACUUCCUUUCUGGGUCUAAUAGGAGCUCAGCUCAGGUGGUUGUGGUGGGAUUUUAUCAGAGCUGUGUAAUUGGGGGCGGGGAGAGCUAAUACUGCUUUGUCCCUGUUGUCUAAUGUGGGUUCAUGUAGGAACGUCUUCCAUAAUUAUCCCCUGUUGAAACAUUUAUAUUCAUUCACCACUACCCCAUGCAAGCAUUGCUCACCUCUGUUCAUUUCAACACCCCUUCAUUUCUCCCUCCAUAAAACUUGCCAGUCAAACGAGGAAAUCUUCUAUUCGCCACAGUUUCCUGUUUCAUCCAAACCAGGAAACUAUGGUUACUAUGGUAGCUCCUUGGUUUAGGCAGGCUAAGAAGCAACAGUUAAUGGAAAAUUUCCUGGUUUGCGGACUUGCAUUAAGGAAGGAAAGAAGCACCUGUGGGGGAGUUUCCAAAAGGCUAGUUCAUAUCUUGGAUUAUUAAGGCAAAAUGAGGUUGGACUUUCCCUCUUCUGUGUUCUUAUUUCUGAAUGGGAAUAACUUCUUCAGGUUGCUGAGUAACUCUGACUUCAUUCCACAGCCCUGGCACCGAUGUCACCACAGAGCUAGACACCUGGAUUGACAAAUUCUGUUUGGAUGCCGAUGUCUUUGUUUUAGUUGCGAAUUCAGAGUCGACCCUCAUGAACACAGUAAGGCUUGUUUAAACCUGCAACUUCAUUUGCAAUACACCUUUCCUUGGGUCAGCAUACAAGGGCUUGAGAUAUUGUGCAGACUCUUAGUGGAAUAGCAACAUCUGAGUGUUUUAAAUUAAGUCUGUUGCAGAGCAUUUUCUUUAUUGGACAAACAAGCAAGGGGAAGAUGGGAAGUUGAGUUUGACUGCAUCUUCAUUCAAAGGUCUGCUUGCUACAAAGCCAAGAAUCAUUAGUGAAAUUACAUGCCUACUUGCAGCUUCUUCUGAAUUUUGGAUCUUCGCCCAAAAUCUAUAACUGCUUGGGUUUGCGAGGCUGUAUGUGUCAAUUAAAAAACAAACAAACAGCAGUCUUUGCUUUUGUAUUGAAGUUACAAUUUAAAAGACCAAAGGUGGCUCGGCAUUCUUUUAUUUGGGUAAAAAAAUGUUUUAAUGACUGUGCAGACUUCAUGCUGGUGAGCAUGUUGCCUUCUCAAGAGACACUGGGACACAGCCAAACCCUAUGGAUAAACCCUCCCCCCCCCCCAAAAAAAAUCUAUUUUAAGGCUCUUAGAUCAUCCUUCCUUCCAGUCACCCUCCUGGAGCAUGAGACUGUUUCCUGUAGUAAUUAAAUAUUAUGGCAGGCAGAUGACCAAACCCCAGAGAUACUGUUCGGGUGGCAUUCCUUUGGUGAAGCUGAUGUUUGCAAUAGAUCUUCUGUAUCACAGGACAGGGAAAACAUGUGCGCCCCCCAACUCCCAUCAGCCCUAACCAGUAAAACCAGCAGCUGGGACUUAUGGGUGUUGUAGGGCUGCAUCAUGCGGAGGGCCAGAGGUUCCCCAGCUCCCCUGCACCAGGUUAAUAGUGGACAGUUCCCAAUACCUCCUAAGAAAGCGACUUAAAGCUCCAAAUGGGAUUUUAAGUGCCCUCUGCUAUGUGGUCCACACUGUAUGGGCAUCCCAGGGCGCUGUCUGUAAUAUUGCAGAUUUACCAGCACUAUAAACAUGUGUGAAUCAGAUCAGUACCUGGAUGGGAGACUGCCUGGGAAUCAUAUGUAGAAAGGUGGGAUUUGAAGGAAAUUGCCAUGUGGCAGAACCAAAAUCGAAACGAGGGGUCUAGACUGAAAGCCAGGUUUUGGCCCAGGUGCUAUUUUUGGAGGCAGUUGGUGAAGAUGAAGAUAAAUGAAUAAAUAAAUAUUUCAUAAAGCUGGGUAUCUAAUAAACAUAAAAAUCAGCAUUUUAUCUAAACUGAGAGCUGAUGUGGUAUAAUGACUGUACAACAGAGCUGCAAAUGAAAAAAAUUACGGGUUCAGUUCUCACCUCUCUUGUGAACUCGCCUUCAUCGAGCUGCUCUCUCUUAGCCUCAGCCCCCCACCAGCAACAUGGGGCCAACAAUGGUCACUUGCCUUAAAGUUGUCUGGGGCUGAUAGCAGGUGCAGUUCGAAACAUCUGGAGGAUGCCAUGUUGGGAAUGCCUGCAAGCAGGUGUGGGGAAUCUCCAGAUGUUGCUGAACUGCAGCUCCCAUCAUCCCUGGCCAUGAAACACUUUAACUCACCAUAGACAUUUUGCAGAUUUAUUUAUUUUUACAUUUGCUCUUAACGUGCUGCAUGAAGACCUAACAAUUAACAUGUGUUCGCGCUCCAUGUUUCAGAGUUUAAAGGCUUAAAUUUUCCUCUUCCCCCCCACCUUUUUUUUUAAUAGGAAAAGCAUUUUUUCCAUAAAGUAAAUGAAAAACUUUCUAAACCAAACAUCUUCAUCCUGAAUAAUCGAUGGGACGCUUCCGCAUCAGAGCCGGAAUACAUGGAGGAUGUGAGUUCUUCAAUUGUUUUGAAGGGGCUCUGUGGGUGUAUUAGAUUGGUAUUUAAGAAAAACUGUGUAUUUAAGCUGUCAAGAGGUUGAAGUGAGUUCAGGGAUCAUCAUCCCAGGAUAUGCAACCAACAGGGUGGCUUAGAUCACACAAAAAAUAAAGCAAAGUAUCAUCCAAGACCUCUGUAGUGCGUAGUUUAAAAUUUGUUAACUAAAAAGAAAGAACUAGUGGGAACCAACAAGAAUUUCCAAGAGUUUUUAUUCCCUCCAACUAAAAGUGACAUUUGAGGUGCAAAUGAAUUGUUUUGCACUGAGGGGUGUUUGUGGAUGUUUUGCACUACUAACUUCAAAGGACAGUAAUCCUUUCCCUGAUUAGUACUUUUGACUCUGGGAACACAUUAAGGCCAUUUUUGUGACACGGUUGUAGGAAAUAAAUAAAUAAAAGCUCUCCCUUUUCUGUUGUUGGUUUUUUUGUUUAGUUCAUGUGCUGGUGUAGCCUCUUGCUUACCUAAAUGGACAGAUCGGGGGGCGGGAGGACUGUGAGAACACAUUUAAAAGCAUAUAGAAUGUUAGUCAGCCAAAGAUCUGGUUGAAGAGGGACAUUUUUGCCUGGCGCCUAAAGAUGUAUAAUGAAGGUGCCAGGCAAGCCUCACUGGGAGAGCAUUCCACAGACAUGGAGCCACUGCAGAAAAGGCAGAACAGGAAGGUUUUCAGCAGGUGUUUAGAAGUUGGAACAGAAGGCGACAGCUGAUUCUCUGUUGGCAGAGAAUUAUUAUUUCAUUUACCGUAUUUUUCGCUCUAUAAGACGCACUUUCCCCCUCCUAAAAAGUAAGAGGAAAUGUGUAUGUGUCUUAUGGAGCGAAUGCAGGGGGGAGGCUCUGCUCAAAGCUCUCUUUUCCUCGGGGAAAAGCUGCCAAGAGCCGCACACGCACUCUGCACGCUCUUUAAAGGGAGCGCGGCUCUUGGGAGAGCCUUAGCCGCGCGCAGCCUCUCCCGGGCAGGGGAUGAAGGCUCCCCUUGCCUGGGAGAGGCUUUGCACGGCCAAGCAAGAAGCCAGGACAGCCAGCAGGAUCACUGCGCUGCAAUCCCGCAGGCUGUCCUGGCUUCUUGCUUAGCCGUGUGCAGCCUUCCCUCUUCAGGGCAGCAGGGAGCCUUCAUCUUCUGGGAUUCAGAAUAUUUUUUUUCUUGUUUUCCUCUUCCAAAAACUAGGUGCGCCUUAUGGUCUGGUGCUUCUUAUAGAGCGAAAAAUACAGUAUAUACUGCUUUAUAUUUUUAAGAAAAAUCUUAAAGUGGUUUACAGAAUAUUAAAACAUCAGUAAAACAAUUCUACAGGACUGGACGGAUGAUGCUAAAGGCUCUUAUUUCUUGUUGUCAAAUGAGCCUCGCCAACCCUGGGAAUGAUCAGCAAUGCUCCUACAGAUGAUCUCAGCAAAUGAACUGGGAUAUAAGGGUUCGGGCUUCCAUGAAGUAUCCUAAAUCUUUGUUGUUCAGGGCUUUGCAAGUUAAUACAAAGAACCUUGAACCUGGCUUGGUAGUCAAUGGGACAAUGCAGAUGCAGUCCCACCCAGAGAGGCUGUUUGUAUAACUCUCAGCUGAUUGAAGACUGCCCUGAUGUGCUGCUGCUCUCUUUCUUUAGGUGCGCAAGCAGCACAUGGAGCGGUGCCUGACAUUCUUGGUAGAUGAGCUCAAGGUCGUGGAUCCCUCCGAAGCCCAGAACCGAAUCUUCUUCGUUUCGGCCAAGGAAGUCCUCAGCGCCAGGAAACAGAGAGCCCAGGGCAUGCCUGAGGGAGGUGUGUAUUGGAUGUGGGAUCCUGCAAUGUAAUGUUCCUUUGAAAGCGCAGCUUUUCAAAGAAGCCUUAUUAAAAAUGAGGCUUUUGCUGUGUGGUCUUGGAAAACUUGGAUAAUUGAAUCAGGGACUUCCAAGUAACCUAGUCCAACUCCCAAGCCAAUUCAGGAAAUCAGCUGCUACAUCAUUGCUGGUAGGAGGCCAUCCCUGUUUAUAAACCUCCCACAUCAAACCUCAUCAGCUGCUUUGUGCUUUUCCAGGUGGGGCACUGGCCGACGGAUUUCAGACACGCUUCCAAGAAUUUCAGCAAUUUGAGAAAAUGUUUGAGGUAAACUUCCUGAGAGUCUAAAACAGUUGUGCUUUGGUUUUUAAUAUACUGUACAGUGGUACCUUGGUUUAAGAACGGCUUCGUUUAUGAACAACUUGGAUUAAGAACGCUGCAAACCCGGAAGUAGGUGUUUUGGUUUGUGAACUUUGCCUUGGAAUAAGAACAUAUUCCGCUUGCUGUUGAGUACUCGUGUUCCAUUUGUAAAUUGAGUCCCCCGCUGCUAUGGGAAAGCACGCCCUGGUUUAAAAACGCUUUGGUUUAAGAACGGACUUCCGGAAUGGAUUAAGUUCAUAAACCAAGGUACCACUGUAUAUACUUACGCAGCAGCAGCAUUUUUCUAGGAAGGCUAGUUUGAAAUGUUGCAGCUUUUAUCUGGAUAGCUCAAUUGGUAGAGCGUGAGACACUUAAUCUCAGGGUCGUUGGUGUGAGCCCCUUCCAACUCUGCAAUUCUGUGAUUCAUCUGCAACCAGCCGUUUGGCAAUGUUACUCCUGCCACAUGCAACAGGGUGGGCUUUUUGGUGGCAUCCACCCGGAGGCUGCAAGGCGGCCUUCGCAAACCUGAUGCCCUCCAUAUAUUUUGGACUGCAACUCCCAUUCUCACCUCAAAGAGGGAAGCAGAAAGGGGGAUCACCCUCACCUUCCUUAUCUCCUCCUCCUCAUGAGUGCCAAUGCACAAAUGUCCAGCUCUCUUCUAGGCCUUUAGAUUGGAAGCAUACUCUUUGACAGGUAAGGUAAAGGGACCCCUGACCAUUAGGUCCAGUCGUGACCGACUCUGGGGUUGCGGCGCUCAUCUCGCUUUAUUGGCUGAGGGAGCUGGCGUACAGCUUCCGGCUCAUGUGGCCAGCAUGACUAAGCCGCUUCUAGCGAACCAGAGCAGCACACGGAAACGCCGUUUACCUUCCUGCCGGAGCGGUACCUAUUUAUCUACUUGCACUUUGACAUGCUUUCGAACUGCUAGGUUGGCAGGAGCAGGGACCGAGGAACGGAAGCUCACCCCGUCGCGGGGAUUCAAACCACCGACCUUCUGAUCGGCAAGUCCUAGGCUCUGUAGUUUAACCCACAGCGCCACCCACGUCCCACUCAUUGACAGGUAAUUCCUGUCAAAUGUUUGGGGAAGGGCCAUAGCUCGGCUGUUGAGCAUCUGCUUUGACUGCAGAAGGUCCUAGGUUCAUUCCCAAGGUAGGGCUGGGAAUGCCGUCUGGUUUGCUGCCAAUCGGCGUACGCUAUACCGAGUUAGAAUAACUCAAAUUCUUUUCAAAUUCUCUUUAUAUAAGUCAAUAAGUAACACACAUCUGUUCUCACCCCCGCCCCCAAUGUAUUGAUCGACUUUUCUUUGUUAAAGGCAUUCAGAAUGUGAAAUUUUGGCAAGAAGUAUGUGUAGUUGCUAUAUAACAGCUGCUGUAACAAAAUGAUUUGAUGUUAAGCCUCUCAUUGCCUGGGUUCAUUUGACUGCCUUUGUUAGAAUGCAGUUCAAAAGCACGUCAAAGUGCUUUGACAAAUAGGUACCGCUCUGGCGGGAAGGUAAAUGGCAUUUCCGUGCGCUGCUCUGGUUUGCCAGAAGCGGUUUAGUCAUGCUGGCCACAUGACCCGGAAGCUGUCUGCGGACAAACACCAGCUCCCUCGGCCAGUAAAGCAAGAUGAGCACCGCAACCCCAGAGUCAUCCGCGACUGGACUUAAUGGUCAGGGGUCCCUUUACCUUUUACUGCAUCUCUUAGAAGGCAGCAUGUGUUGGCAGGACAAAUCAGGGGUCAGGCAAGAAGCUUUGCAACUGUCACAAAACGGGGUGGGGGGAGAGAAAAGGGAGACACACAUUUAAAUUACGCUCUCCUGAAUAGGAUGGCGGUUUCAGUGAUGGAAUUAACAUGUGCUGAGCUCUACUUCACAAGUGUCCUGAGUUCUGGAUGGCAAAACAAUAGUCGCGGCAAGGAAUUUCACUUGCAACCACCCCAGCAUUAUAUAAUGCCGUCUUCCCCAACCUAAUGUUUACCUCUAAGCAUUCUUGGACUGCAGCUCCCCUCAUCCCUGAUCACUGGCCAUGCUGGUGCACCUCAUAGCCCAGAAGGGCACCAGGCUGAGGAAUGCCUUUCCAACAAACUUGCCGUUGUGCUUGAACUGCAAGGCAGCUAUUUAUAAAAUGACUGGAUUGAACCAUGCCCCCUCCCCGCAGCCAUCAGCUCAGUAGCUGAGCGCAUGCAUUACAUGUGGAAUGUCCUAGGUGCUCAUUGCCUGCCAUCUGACUUGGUUGGUAUCCAUAAUACUAAUUAUAUUGUUAUUUGUACCACACACAAACACCCGUCUGACUGGGCUGCCCCAGCUACUCUGAUCCAUAGUCUCACAUAGGAUUUUCCCCAGUCUCUCUCCUGCCCCAGAUCCUUUUAACUUCAAAUGCCUGAAAUUGAACCCGGGAUGUUUUGCAUGCAAAACUUGUCUAUUUUGUAUUGUUUUAAAACUCAUCUACUGUUGUCAAAAGCAAUUAUUGUUAUUGUUGUUAUUGCAAAGCAUGUACUCUACCGCUGAGUUAUUGUUGGGAGGAGACCAGGUUUCAAGACGGUAACUCAGGUUGCUCCAAUAAUGUUGAUGUGUGAACUUGUUUGAAUUGUGUACUCCUUUAUCAUUUCUGAUGUUGUUUGUUGAAUUUUUUGCUGAGGUAUUAUACUAACUUUUGUACUUCUUAUAGUUUUCUGCUAUGGAUUUUCUGGUUGUGUAGCGCACAGGAUGGGAUUAUAACCCUUUCGCCUUCUUCCUAUUUGCCUGUCUGGAAUCUGACUCUCCUACACGUCUUGUCUAGCUCUAACAAUGUGCUGUUACAUGCCAGCCUCUUGCAUUUUCAUUGCUGAUUUCUAGAUCUGCUUCAUCGAGGAUCAAGGAACUCUCCUUAUGUAUUCUUUUCCCUUUUUCUUUCUCCUUCCAUUUUUAAAAUUUUUUUGUUCUGUCACCUGCUGUGAUCUAAAAUGUCCUGAGUGCAAGUAAACCUAGAUACAAGAAAAUUUAAUUUUCCACUGUUCCCAGAGGACAAGCCCCAUUGUUCGCCACAUGUUUGUAAUUGCACAGGCUGCAUUCAUAUGUCUUGUGAGCCAUAAACUGUGGGUUGCAAUAAGCCAUAAACCAUGGCUUGCUUUGCUGCUCGCACUGGGAGCAUUCAGACCACAGCCAUUGGCUUUUCUCUUGUGAACAUGGUUUAUUUCCUUCCACUGCAUGCAACAAUGAUCAGAACAGCCCAUUCAAGCCUGUUUGCGGCAAACCAUGGUUUAUCACGAUAGGUGAACUGAACAACAGAUUCUUCACACGAAUGACUUGAGCUACGAGAGAAUUCUGUUUGUUUCUUACAUUUAUAUGGCAUUUGGCACAUACAUAGGAUUUCUGUCUUGGAGCCUCAGCUUCAGGAUCUGUCCUUCCAGUGAGCACUCAGGGCUGAUUUCCUUCAGAAUGGAUAGGUUUGAUCUUCUUGCAGUCCAUGGGACUCUCAAGAGUCUCCUCCAGCACCAUAAUUCAAAAGCAUCAAUUCUUCGGUGUUAAAAGGCUAUAGAGUGUUUAAUUAGCCAAAGGCCUAGAAGAAGAGGAAUGUUUUUGCCUGGUGCCUAAAGAUACACUUGGGUCAGCUUAAGUUCUGUGCGACGGCUGCAUCAGCCUGCCUUCAGAGAGGCCUGCAUUACCACUGGGUAUCUCAAAGAUGUGCAAGGUCCUCCUUCAGGAUUGUGGGCUAUGUGUGAAUACAGAAAGCCCGACUCAUUUGCAUGUCUCGUAUUUCUGCAUAUUUGGGGAGUGAUGGAGCAGGUGCCUGCGGAAAGUCCCAAUCAAGAGAACCCUAGCUGAUGCGAGAGACCUCUUCCAGGGCUCAAGAAAGCUGUUACCAGUCAAAGUAGGCAAUUCUGGGCUUGAAGGACAAAUCUGGGGAGUGAUAAGGCAGCUCUAUAUCAGUUGGCAUCCAAAGCCACUAGAUUCUUGAAGAGCACUAGGGUCAUGCCCCAUAUUAGCCAGAAGCAAGCCUGCAUUCGCCGUGGAGCCUACAUUCAAAAUGGAACUGCAGCUGAUCGCAGCUCAGUAACCAGCUGUAGAAUAGGUGUGUUCACUACAUUCACAUGUUCAGUUUUUAGCGAUACACCUAUAACCUGUCAUGUGCACGGUGACUCUUAGCAAGAAGUAGCAACAACAGCAGCUCCUUCCUUCUGAAUGAAUGGCCAAUGCCAAAUGUCUUGACAUUCAUCGUUGCUCCUCUUUUGCUUUUCAUUUGACCAUUGCACAUUACUGUGGCUCAGGGUGGGGAUACCUUGUCUCUCCAGAGAUUGUUUAACUCGCAUCUCCCAUCAUCCCUGACCCCAUGGCCCAUGUUUGCUGGGGAUGGUGGGAGUCCCAAGAACAUCUGGAGGGAACUAGGGUCCCGAUUUUUGCUGCUGCUGCACCAUCAAUGACAGCACUAACUUCCUGCUAUUGACUUGUGAUUUUGUUUUCAAUCUUCCUUUGUUCCUUUUUUGCUUCUGUUGUAUGUUUUUUACUUUAAAUGUGUGUAUUUUCAAAGAUAUAAUUUGCUUUAGGAUUUAAGUUUUAAUACAUAGCAGCACAAUGCCUUUGUGAAAUUCCAGCGUGUGUUGGUGAUGGAAUUGCAGUAAUGUGUUGUGGCUUGGGCCCCUCGCAGGAGUGUAUCUCGCAGUCAGCUGUGAAAACCAAGUUUGAGCAGCACACUAUCAGAGCUAAACAGAUCCUAGACACAGUGAAAAACAUUAUGGACUCCAUAAACGUGGCAGCAGCCAAUCAAAGGUAGGCCUCUCCUAUCAUAUUCACCUUGCUCAGCUAAGCAGGGAAAGAGCCACCGGGUGGCGCUGACCUUUCUUCCCCUUAUCAGGAGAUAGCGCAGCCCUUAGGCCACUGCUGGCAAGAGGUGAGUACGGGAUUUCUCUGGUCACUUGGCCUCCACAUUCGUUGGGUUGUCCCUUCAAAUGCAUGAAAGAUGGUCUGGCCAUCGUACUGCAUACUUUCAGAUUGGACUACUGCAACACUUUCUGCAUGGGGCUGCCCUUGAAGACAACUCAGGUCUCAGUGCAUCCAGUGUAUCCAAAAUACAGAAGCCCAGACUAUAGGCUGGCGUCCCAUUUAGAUAUAAUGUAGUCCCUGUUUCAAAAGGGACGCGGGUGGCGCUGUGGGUUAAACCACAGAGCCUAGGACUUGCCAAUCAGAAGGUCGGCGGUUUGAAUCCCCAUGACGGGGUGAGCUCCCAUUGCUCGGUCCCUGCUCCUGCCAACCUAGCAGUUCGAAAGCACGUCGAAGUACAAGUAGAUAAAUGGGUACCUCUCCGGCAGGAAGGUAAACGCCGUUUCCGUGCGCUGCUUAGGUUCGCCAGAAGCGGCUUAGUCAUGCUGGCCACAUGAGCCAGAAGCUGUAUGCUGGCUCCCUCGGCCAAUAAAGAGAGAUGAGCGCCGCAACCCCAGAGUCGUCCACGACUGGACCUAAUGGUCAGGGGUCCCUUUACCUUUACCUAGUCCCUGUUUCAAAGCAGUUGCUUUGGUUGCCAGUUGGUUUUGGGGGCCCAAUUCAAAGUGCUCACAUUAGUGUUUAAAGCCCUAAACCUCAGGCUUGGGAGCCACUUUAUCUGGUCCUCUGGACUCUCCUUAACCACACACCCUGCUGGUCCCAGUUCAUCCCCACCUUGAGAGUUUUUUUUUUUUUAAAAAAACACCUGUCUUUGAACCCUGAUAAUGCCUCUUGUUCUCCUGGAGGAGUGUGGGUGUUGAAACUAGUCUUCUGUAUAAGGGUAAAAGCUACCCUUCUGUCAUGGCUUCUUUAGUUGAGAUCGCUGCAUUGCAGGGGGUUGGACUAGAUGGUCGCCGGGGUCCCUUCCAGGCCUUCAAGUCUAUAAUUCUGUGACCCCUGGCAUGCAGCUCCCAGAAGGUUGUCCAGAAGAGAAUGCAGCCCUCAGGCUGGAAAGGGCUCCCUGCCGUUAAGGACUUAGGCCCCAAAUAUCUGAAAGAUGGCCUCCUUCCCUGCAGACUCUUUUGGGUGUUAAGAUCGGCAAAGCCCAACCCCCACCCAGGCUGCCUUAGUAGUUCCUCUACCCUGAGAAAUUUGGGCAGGAGAGGGCAUUUUCUGUGGCAGACCCAAAGCUGGCACCUUGAUUGUAUAGCUUUCAUCAUAUGACAAAGAUACAUCUUUGUACCCUUGAUUUAGGACUGACCCUAAUAAAUCUAAUAUGGUCGAGUAAUAAAUCGAAUGAAUGAAUGAAGGUUUUGGGCUUUCCCCCCAAUGACACUGGUUUUUGCCCUUGCUGAAAUUCUGGAAUCCCAAGUCCAUGUUUAGGGAAAAUGACAAGUGCCCAAAUUGCCUCUAAAGCAGGGCUAUUCAUUGCCGGCCUGCCAAAAAUCCAAGCACUAGCACUUGGGAAAAUAGAUGAAAAAAUAGAUCUGCUCUGCGUUAAAGAGGAACAUACCGUAUUUUUCCGUGUAUAAGACGAUGAUUUUUGCUUUUAAAAAAUUAGUCAAAAAUUGGGGGUCAUCUUAUACACAGAAAAAUACAAUAUUUCUCCAUGUACCUUGGGAACUAGAGUAAUAUAAUCGCUGGGAACUGGAGAUGUAUCUGAUUAAAAAUCGCUCCUCUGCAAUGAAUGUGCUAGAUUGCCUUAGUGAGUCUCACUCACUGGCUCCCUUUCCUCCCCGCACCCCCAGUCCAUCUGCAGUAGAAUGAUAAUACUGGCUUGCCUUAACGGAGUUAUUGUAAGAAUAUUGCAAAAUAAUCCCUAGGCAGCAUAUGGUCACACAGCGUGAGUGUAUAAUAAAGUGUAAUGACAAACGGUAAAAACAGCAGAUGAAAAGCAGAGGGUAAAAAUGUUAAGCAUAAGGUGUUGAAACCCAAUGGUAGGUAAAAGACAAUUGGCUAAGGCUCCAAUAGAGAUCAGAAGUUCUCCUGAGCAUGUGAGAGCAAGACAGACUUUGCCAGGUGUCUAAACAUUGAGGGCACCAGGCCAAUGUGGCUAGGGAGCGAGUUCCAGCGUUUGGGAGCCACCACUGGGAAGGCCCUUCUCCCAAGGGGUUGGGGCCUUUCUUUAACUGGCAAGCUGCCAUUCUUGCCCGUGUCCUUGGGUGUAGUUUUGCGUCAAGCCUACCUAGACAGGGAGAGGCAGCAGCACUUUGGUGCUCGGUUUUUCUCCCCCUCCGGGGCAUUGUGCGUACUGUUGGGGUUGAUGGCUGCAUUUCCACUACUUACCUUAGAGUCCAUUCAAUGGAAGAGCGAGAAGAUCAGAAGGACAGGCUGGAAUUUGUCCGCAACCAGCUCAACCUUUUGACAGACGACAUCAAGAAGAAGAUCAAAGGAGUCACGGAGGAGGUAGCCAACAAGGUAUGUUGCGGUAACCAGCCCGGAGCAUGCCGAUCACGGCUGUUCACAGACCUUUGGGGGGCUUUAAAGGGCUUCUGGUGCUGGAACAAUGGCUAGCGAAGACAGUAAGUGUCCAGCAACUUCAUGGAUAUCAAAAGGGGUUCAUAAGAACAUCAGCUGGGAGGUGGAAUUCACUGAGUGGCCUUAGCCAGGCCUUUCCCGAUCUCUCCAGCUGAGUCUCUCCUUCCAUCUGUGAUAAGGAAACUAUUAACUGGCUUGCCUUGCAGGGUUGUAAGGUAGGUGGGAAGCCAUAGCUAAGAGGGUUGGUUUGCAGGCGGAAGCGCCUAGGAUCCCUUCCUGACAUACUGCGUUCAGUCUGGCACAGCGCGGCUGGGAACGGAUCCUGAUUGUGAGGCUAGAGAGCAGCAACUUGCGGAAGAACAUGAUAAAUAGCCUGAAGUCCGCUUGCUCCUGGGCUAGUUGAUGGAUCAGUGGCCUGACAUGGAAUAAGGAAGCUUCAUAUCUUCAGGGUCCUUGUGAUAAUAAGGGCACGUGAUGGGCUUUGAAUGCUUGCGUUAGUUUUAAUCCCAAGGUUGUACUGGAAGUUAAAGCUGCCCUGAGCAUCAAUCUGCAAAGAAUUUAGAAUAACCACCCCGCUUGCAUUUCGUAAAAAGGCUCCUCAUGCUGUUCUUGUCCUUUGUGUGUCCCGUCUUUUCCAGGUAUCUUCAGCCAUGACUGAUGAAAUUUGUCGGCUUUCUGUUUUGGUAGAUGAGUUUUCCUCCGAUUUCCACCCAUCCCCACAAGUUUUGAAACUAUAUAAGAGUGUAAGUUCUGCCCUAGGCGGAAAUGGUUUAGGUUUCGUCCAGUUUUGCUUUGUUGGGGUUCUGCAAUGGGUCUUUUUGUGCUUACAUGACCAACAUGUAGAACGUCUCAAAUACAUCAGUUUCUCUGAGUUUAAUGUGAAGUGUUCAGAUCUGAUCAAUAUGGCAGAGGGAGGGAUGAAUUAAAAGGACUCUCCUUCCUGGGGCAUUUUUCCAGCAGGAACUCAGUUCCGGCACCUCUCAAAUGAGUGCCAUUGCCAUUAUUCAAGAAUGGCAUUCAUGGUGAGCUCUGGCACCUCUUUUUCUAGAAAAAUAGCACUGCUCCUGACCCCUCUCAAGGAUCAAAAAGAUCACACACCUUAAAAAAAAACAACUUAUUUGGCAAAAUGUUGCCACCAUCCCUCAGGAUCUUGGUGAAGCUAAUGUGUUUGAGAAACUCUACAAUUGAAGAGAAAGUCAUGCCAACUGUAAUUAGAAAGUUCGUUUUUAAUGAAUGAAUGAUCUCUUUUUGGGGUGGGUGGGAUAAAAUUAAAAUAUUCCUUCCAUUUCCACAGCUUGGAAGCUGUGGCUGGAUGGUUUUGUGGGAGCCAAUUGAAACUAAAUCCUUCGAAGACAGAGGUCCUAUGGCUAGGUCGGGAUGGCAUGGGGAUGAGGGACCAACUCCCUUCUCUUGCGGGGGCCCUAUUAGUGCCAUUGCCUUCCGUUAAGAGUUUGGGUGUAAUCCUUGACGCCUCCCUUUCCAUGGAGGCGCAAGUUACAGCAACAGCCAAGGCGACAUUUUUCCACCUUCGCUGCAUCAAGCAGUUGGUCCCUUGCCUUUCCCGCCCCGACCUGGCCACAGUGAUCCAUGCGACGGUCAUCUCCAGACUUGACUACUGUAAUUCGCUCUACGCGGGGCUGCCCUUGAAGCUGUCCCAGUAACUCCAGCGGAUACAGAAUGCUGCAGCGAGGCUCCUCACGGGGUCUCUGCCAUGGGAGCAUAUUCACCCAGUGCUUUUCAAGCUGCACUGGCUUCCGGUGGAGUACAGGGUCAGAUUUAAGGUGCUGCUUUUGACCUUUAAAGCCCUUCACGGCCUAGGACUCUCGUACCUACGGGACCGCCUCUCCUGGUAUGCCCCACGGAGAGCCUCAAGGUCCAUAAAUAACAACACCCUAGCGGUCCCAGGCCCUAAGGAAGUUAGAUUGGCUUCAACCAGAGCCAGGGCCUUUUCAACUCUGGCUCCGGCCUGGUGGAACGCUCUGCCUCAUGAGACCAGGGCCCUGCAGGAUCUGAUUUCUUUCCGCAGGGCCUGUAAGACAGAGUUGUUCCGCCUGGCCUUUGGCUUGGAGCCAAUUUGAUUCCCUCCCUCCCUCUCUUUCUUUUUUCUUUUCCCGCUCCUCCUGCAAUGAGGCUACAUUUUAAUAUUUUAAUGUUCCAUUAUUUUAAUGUUGUAUUUUAUUUUUGUUUUUAAGUUGUAAUCAUUCAUCUUGUUUUUAUUAUUUCUUGUAAGCCACUCUGAGCCCGGCCUUGGCUGGGGAGGGCGGGGUAUAAAUAAAAAAUUAUUAUUAUUAUUAUUAUUAUUAUUUCCCCUACAUCUCUGUGUAUGUGUGUACUCCUUGGAAAGUGUUGAAUUUUGGAGAGAGAGAGUUUGAAAUUCAGUUGCCUUAACUUGCAUGGUGCUAGUGAAAUCAGUUAGAGGGCAAUAGUGUUUACCCGCAAAAAAUCGAGUCUGUAUGUUUUGCAGCCAGUCCAAACAUUCUGAAAAUAUGGGGAUGCAACUCAUUACAUCAGGAUAGCACUUGCAAUGUAACACAGUGGCAUAUUUUUAAUAGUGCUGUCUGUUUGCGUGUUUUAAAAGCAUUGUUAGGGAAACUGUACAUAGUUUAACAACAAGCUGCUAGCAAGUUUCCCAUUAAAUUGUGAAGAGUGUUAACAUUCAAACCAUUGCCCAGUGUGCCAUGUAGAGACUCGAAGUCUCAAGUAUGCAAAGAGGGGAGAGGGCAGAGGCCUCUGAUUGGUCUGCUGGUUGCUCCUAAGUCUGUACUGGGGGAGCCUUUGACUGACAUGUCCUGGAAGGUAGGUGGGGCCUUUGGGAGGUUGUCCCCAAGGUGGCAGGUGCCCCCCCCCCCCGCAGCUUUCUGAUUUCUCUUUCCUGCCCAUGCAGAUGAAGAAGCUCAGGAGGUGAGCAGUUUCUUCUAGGCAGCUAGGAUACUAAAAGUUAACUGCAUUGCACAGCUAUUCAUGUUUUGAGAGGCGUUUGCAAAGGUGGUGGCUCAGAAGGAGCAAUAAGAAUGCCCUCAAGCACAUCAUUUGCUUGCCCUCUGCUGCCUCAUUGUGGCUUUUCAGACCCUACAGCUUGGCCAGGUCACCUGCUGACUCUUUGCUUUCUCUGUGAAAUGUCAGGAGCUCAACAAGCACCUGGAAGAGGGCUUGGGAAGGAACCUGGCUGACCGUUGCUCCAGUGAAGUCAACAAGUCUAUGUGUCAGUCGCAGCAGGAAAUGAUCGGUAAGAUUUAUGCAGAGGAAUGCGUAAAUUCUGCUUUUUCACCUCCCUCCCCCAAGAAACUCUUGUAUAUCUAUUUGAACAGAUUUACGGACUAGUCUUUCAUAUCCAAAGUUUGUGCACCAGCAGGGUUGCUCCAUUAGUUUAUCCUUCCUUCCUUUUUUCCCUUCCUUCCUUCCUUUUGCCAGUCCCCUUCCUGAUAAGCAGCUAUUUAUCUUUGUCACUUGGGUGUCCACUGUUUGCUGAUGGGGGGCUCAUGAGACAGUGUGGUGUAAUGGUUAGAGUACUGGACUCUGACCUGGGUGAGCAGGGUUCAAAUCCUCAGUCAGCCAUGAAGCUUGGACCAGUCACCAUCUCUCAGCCUUAACCUACCUCACAGGAUUGUUUUGAGGAUGAAAUGGGGGGAGAAGAACCAUGUACGCCACCUUGAGAUUCUUGGAAGAUAAAAGGUGGCAUAUAAAUGGGACAGAUAGAUAGGAGUUGUAGUCAAAAGCAACUGGAGGGCACCAGGUGGGGGCAGUCUGCUUUGAGCUCUGCUUUCACCCCUCUCCUUUCUUUCCCAGAAAGCCUGCAGGCCCUGCUGCCUUCCGACGUCCAGAGCAAGCUCCACUUGCUGAUUCCGUGCAGGAAGUUUGACCUCAGCUACGACCUGAAUUGCAACAGCCUGUGCUCCGACUUCCAAGAGGACAUCACUUUCCGGUUCUCGCUGGGCUGGACGGCCCUCGUCAGCCGGUACCUGGGCCCCAAAAACGCUCACCGGGUGCUGCUCGGCGUGGCGGAGCCGGUUCUUGCAGUGAGUGCUUCGCAGGGUUUUUCUAGGGGGCUUCAGCUUGUGCAGAAGGAUCCCGAUCCACCGGGUGCAAGUAGCAUCUCCAGUGUGACUAUGGAAGCCUAUGGCUUCUGUUUCCGUUCUCUGAAUUAGUGGGGCAGCUGCCUGCCUGUGUGUGUUCCAAAACAGCAUCAAAUAGCAACAGUGGGACCUUUUCCUGCUCCUAAGUGCCAAUGUGCAACUCCCUUCCAGGCCUUUAGAGUGGAGUUAUACCGUUUGACAGGUGAUUCCUGCCAGACCUUUGGGGAGCUCAGUGAUAGAUCAUCUUCUCUGAAUGCAGAAGGUCCCACGGUCAAUCCCUGGCAUUUUUCAGGCAAGGUUGGGAUUGUCACCUGGUCUGAAACCCUGGAGAGCUGUUGCCGUUUCAGUGGAGAAAAUGCUGAUCUCGAUGGAUCAAUGGUCUGACUCGGAAUGAGCCAGCUUCCUCUUAUAUUCCAGGGCAGGUUUUGGCCUCCUCCCCUAGCCCAGCCCUUGUGUGCGAAGCUAUGAUCCAUGCAAGUCAAAUGGGCCUGUUUUUCCAAGAGGGCAGGAAAAACAGGGAACGUGGUUGUCGACACGGAAUCCAACUUUUUUCCAAGUCUCUCUAUUGCAUUUCAGUUUGCAAAGCAAGCUUGUAGUCCUCAUGACAGCAAAGGUGUGCUUGAAAUUGGGUGGGAAGCACUUGCUGCAACCUCUGCAUUGAGCGGGUUGCCAGAUAAACUGGGGCUUCAGUACACUGCAGAGCCCCUAACCUGCAGAAUUCUGAGGCCUCAGCUUGCACUCCUUCUGGAUAUAGUGCAAGAUUUAUUUAUCAUAAGUUAAAACUGGCUUCUGAGAUACAUUGGUACUUGACCAGUGCCAUCGGGAUCGGCUGUGUCCAGUUAUGUAAGCAGCAGAGCAAAGUGUACAAAAUAACGUAGGUAGGUUGCAGAAUUCUGCUUUCUUGGUGCAGAAUUUGGACUGCCUGGCUGCAGAAUAUGCUUGCACUUUAGCACAGCCCUUUGCUGAAGCUAUUUGAAACCCCUUUUUAAGGCUAAUGCUCCACCAUUGAAUAGUUUCAUCCAUCCCACCGUAGCUCACGAACACACUCACUGUGAGCUGUUUAUUUAAAGCUGAGCUCUCCCCGUUCUGGUCUCCUCGGAAGAUGGAUCUCAGUUUCUGUUCUUCGCCCCUAGAUCCCUCGUUCUCUUGCCUCCACCCCUUGUGCUCCCGCUGCUCCUGCUCUGACCCCAGAGAAUGCAUCACAGGAGGAGCUCAUGGUCUCACUGGUCACCAACUUGGCGUCGCUGACCUCCCGGACCUCCAUGACCGUCAUCAUUGUCGGAGGACUUGUGAGUACCCUGCGCAACUCUGCCGUAGUGAGAAAUCCCGGGAAAGCAUCAGACCUAGGGAUGGGCAGCAUGUGGCGAUGGAUUAAUUGCCUGCCCACUUACUUCCCCAUAUUAUGUAUAUGCAGCGCUCUGUCUAAGGGACCCUUUGUGCCAUGGGGGGCUGUUAACCAGGGGAGCAGUGCUAAGGUGUGCAGCACCGCACAGUGGCCCAGCUCACAUGCUGCACUGAACUAUUGUUUAAAGCCAAACCUGUCUCUCCAGCUGUUUUUGAGCUACAGCUCCCAUCAUCCCUAGCUAGCAGGGCCAGUGAGUAGGGAUGAUGAGGAAUUGCAGUCUAAAAACAGCUUGGGAAACCCAAGUUUGGGAAACCCUGGUUUAAAGCAAACUAUGGUUUCACCUUGCCAACAAAGGUCCGUAUAGUUAAAACCAUGGUUUUCCCAGUAGUGAUGUAUGGAAGUGAGAGCUGAACCAUAAAUAAGGCUGAUCGCCAAAGAAUUGAUGCUUUUGAAUUAUGGUGCUGGAGGAGACUCUUGAGAGUCCCAUGGACUGCAAGAAGAUCAAACCUAUCCAUUCUGAAGGAAAUCAGCCCUGAGUGCUCACUGGAAGGUCAGAUCGUGAAGCUGAGGCUCCAGUAUUUUGGCCACCUCAUGAAAAGAGAAGACUCCCUGGAAAAGACCCUGAUGUUGGGAAAGAUGGAGGGCACAAGGAGAAGGGGAUGACAGAGGACGAGAUGGCUGGACAGCGUUUUCGAAGAUACAAACAUGAGUUUGACCAAACUGUGGGAGGCAGUGGAAGACAGUGCCUGGCGUGCUCUGGUCCAUGGGGUCACGAAGAGUCGGACACGACUAAACGACUAAACAACAAGGUUUAGAUCCUUGGGUUUAUUUUGGGUGGAAUUCUGUGUCGGGCUCUUACAAACGUACCAUCUCCACAAGCAUCAUAGCUUGCCAGGUGGAACGAUCCUCACUCUCUGUGCCAUUCAGUGGGUUCUCCCUACAGCCCCCAAGCCAAUUUUGGAGGGCACAUUGGGGGGAUGGUGGGGAAACCCCAUUGCACAAGUGAAAGUCCUUGUGCAGGGCUUUUGAUGAUGGGUCUCAUAGGUGACUCCUACCCUUGGUUUUUAACUGUAUUUUAUCGCUGAUGCACAUGUCUUCCUGGGCACCUGUGAGUAGCAAGGGCAGGAUAUAAAUGUUAUGGAUAAAUUUAUAAUACUGUGAAUGAAAAGUCUCUUCUGCUGCCAUGCCACAGACAAAGCAAGCAAAGCCUGGUUUUUCCUGUCUGUAGCUUCCGAACAGUCUUCAGGGGCAGCCCCUCUUGUAGAGCACAUUGCAGUAGUCUAGUCUGGAUGUGUUAGAUCAAUGUUUCUCAAACAUGGGUCUUCAGCUGCUGUUGGACUACAACACCCAUCAUCCCUAGCUAGCAGGACCAGCCAUCAGGGAUGAUGGGAGUUGUAGCCCAACAUCAGCUGGGGACUUCCCUGUUCAGGGAAGCUUUUAAUCUGUGAUAUUUUACUGUAUUUUUUGUUUCUAUGGAAGCCGCCCAGAGUGGCUGGGGAAACCCAGCCAGAUGGGCGGGGUACAAAUAAUAAAUUAUUAUUAUAUUAUUAUUAUUGAGGAAACACUGCAUUACAGUGGUACCUCGGGUUACAUACACUUCAGGUUACUCCGCUAACCCAGAGAUAGUGCUUCAGGUUAAGAACUUUGCUUCAGGAUAAGAACGGAAAUCAGGCUCUGGCAGCGCGGCAGCAGCGGGAGGCCCCAUUAGCUAAAGUGGUGCUUCAGGUUAAGAACAGUUUCAGGUUAAGAACAGACCUCCGGAACGAAUUAAGUACUUAACCCGAGGUGCCACUGUAUUAGAUAGAUCCUGCUCAAAUUCUGACCCUGGUGUUCCUCUUCCAGGUUUGGAGAACGGUUGGCUGGAAGGUCAUCUCCCUCUCCCUGAGUUUGUAUGGGCUGCUGUAUCUCUACGAGAGGCUCACUUGGACGACCAAAGCCAAAGAACGAGCCUUCAAGCAGCAGUUUGUCAACUACGCCACGGAGAAGCUUCAGAUGAUCGUCAGCUUCACCAGCGCAAACUGCAGCCAUCAGGUGCAACAGUACGUCUUGCCUGUUUCCGUAACUUGGGCUUCUGAUCCAGAGGAGCGAAGUUGUAGGGCCGUCUCAGCCAUUUCCUCAAAGGGGAUCUCUGCAAGGCGACUGGAAGGGAGGCUUGGGGGUUGCAAUGCAAAGGACUGAGUGGUUUCAACAGAGUAACUGCUGUUAGGUCCUUGAAAGAGCCUGUGACUCUCAGCUUUGCUUAGGGAAGUUUUUAAUGUCUGAUGUUUUAUUGUAUUUUUAAUAUUUUGUUGGAAGCUGCCCAGAGUGGCUGGGGAAACCCAGCCAGAUGGGCGGGGUAUAAUUAUAAUUAUUUAUUAUUAUUAAUUCCCACCUUCCCUAUCCUGUAAGUUCCAGGAUGAAGCUACUUCCUUCUCCGUGGCUCAUCCCAACUCAUUUCUCAUCCUCUCCACAGUUAUCCCUUGGUAAAGAGACCUUUCAGCAUGGGAUUAAAUUGAUCCAGUGGUACCAGCUUUUCAAAAUCUGAUACUAAUUUACACCUCCAGAACCCCCUGCUCGCCUCCCACCUUGCCCCUUAGCGUCCCUCUAGGUAAUUCCACCUCCAGAACCCUAGGGGGCAGUACUUCUCACUUUGGGAACUACUGGUUGAAAGUGGCACGUUGGCAGGACUAAAAUGGGAGCUGUAUUUCAGGGUUUCCCUCUUCUGUAUAACAUAUGUCAAAAAGAAGAGGUAGGGUCUCCCCUUGAGUCAUUCAUGCAUAGGGCAGGAAAUUGGGGCGGGGAUGGGGACAUCUCAUUGCCGUUUCCCCCUCGGAGCCUCCAGGGUUGAACAAGUCGGCGGACCCGGGCUUUCCGGAUUUCUCUUUCAGGGAAAUGGCCAUGACUUUUGCUCGCCUGUGCCAGCAAGUUGACAUCACGGAGAGGAACCUGGAAGAAGAGAUUGCAAGGUUGUCCAAAGAGAUUGCUCAGCUGGAGAAAAUCCAAAACCACUCGAAGCAUCUACGGUAAAUGGCCACGGGGGGGAAGCUGCUUCUGCAACUAUCGAAAUGAGCAGCCGUGAGAUGAAAUAACUGCUUCACUUUGGCCUUGAGGGGCGUCAUAAUCUCAUGGCUGUGUCUUGAAGCAAUAUUGGCGAUAGAUCUAGAGCAGGCACGUACAACUCCAUAGAGACUGCGAUCUACUCCCAGUAUUAUAAAACUGGGAAUGAGCUACCCCAUGGGUAGGCAACCUAAGGCCCAGGGGCCGGAUCCGGCCCAAUCGCCUUCUAAAUCCAGCCCAUGGACGGUCCGGGAAUCAGUGUGUUUUUACAUGAGUAGAAUGUGUCCUUUUAUUUAAAAUGCAUCUCUGGGUUAUUUGUGGGACCUGCCUGGUGUUUUUACAUGAGUGGAGUGUAUGCCUUUAUUUAAAAUGCAUCUCUGGGUUAUUUGUGGGGCACAGGAAUUCGUUCAUUUCCCCCCCAAAAAUAUAGUUCGGCCCCCCACAAGGUCUGAGGGACAGUGGACCAGCCCCCUGCUGAAAAGGUUUGCUGAUCCCUGAUCUACCCAUUGUCAUUGCACAUAACUGUUGAGAUUUAUUUUUUUUGGGGGGGGGAUACCAGGAGGGUCUUUUUUACGUUUUGAAAAACUCGUGAGUAAAGCUUAGUUGAAUACCACCCUAGUUGUGCAGUGAAGGGUUGCACAUUUGAUUCCCAUAUUCUUGCACUGCAGAGGGUUGGACUAGAUCCUUAGGGUCUCUUCCAACUCUAUGAUACUAUUCUAUUUGGUUCAGGCCAGUGGCCCAUCUAGUCCAGCACCUGUGGACUCAUCUACACAGCUGCAAAUAAAACAUUUUUAAUGUGAAGUGCAAUAUACAAAUGUGACACUAGAUGGUGACAGUGAGCUAUGCUAAAUUCAAUGUAUUUUUCAAAAUGUUUUUUUAAAAAAGCUUUUUCACAGUGUUUUUUUUUAUAUGUUUGUAGAUUCCACCCUAUACUCACAGUGGCCAAACAUAUGCAUAUGGGAAGCACGACUUGGGCAUACGGUUCUUGAUUUUAAGUUUUUACAUUGUGUUGUGCAUGCCGUAUGUGUUAACUUUAGUAAGCUACUGUGAAUACUUUUUCAAUGGAACGGAGUAAAUAUCCUCAGAAAUGAUUUUUGAAAAGUAAUGUGCUGCCACACAUAUUUUCCCUCUUUUUUUUCAUAGGAAAAAAGCUGUCCGCCUUGAAGAUGAGUUUGACUGUUUUACAAAGGAUUUUCUCCAUAAAAAGAAAUGAAGAGUAGGCCUCGUGCUUUUUGGCUGCUCCAGGUGGAAUUUACAAGAUGACACUAUUUCCCAUCCCUGCAAAGUCACAUGAAUUUUUCAAGCCCCCUUUAUUCUACUUUCCCAGUUGCUGCCUGGCUCUUUUGAUGCUUAGAAAAUGAACUGUGCCUGAGAGCUAGAGGAGCAAAGCAGUAUUACCACUGAUUGAAUCCUUUUGCAUCUUUUCUUAGAAAGAGAAAUAAUUUAUAUUUACUGGUGCGUACAGAAAAUUAUUUGGCAGUGUAAAAAUAAUAAAACUAGCAGACCUAUCUAGUAUUUUGUAUUAGUGUUUGCCUAAAAGACAGCCCCCCUCUUUCUGGCAUCCAGGAAGAGAAUAGAGCGAAUUCACCCCUAAUCCUGUGUCAAAGUCUUGUAUUAGCUGGAAUUCUCUGUGGGAAUGUGUGCUGCUGGCUUUUUCCAGGACUCUUGUUACAGAGCUGAAGUAUUGUGGUGACAGAUUUCCAAAGGGAUUUACAAAGUUUGAGUGCAGAGACAAUCACUAUGGCUGAGCAUUAGGCAUAACUCUGGAUUUCCCAUUCUGUUGAAAGGGACUAAGACUGUCAAAUAUUAUUUGUCAUGCUCUUAAAGCUUUAAUGCCCUGGUAAUUAGACCUUCUCAGUCAAGAUUAGCUAGCAACCUUGUUUGUAGAGAAGAACAUGGCUUAGCUCAGAGAACUGUUCUGGAGAAACACCCUUUUCAGUGAUGGCAUGGUAUGGCAUACAUCCUUUUGACCCAAUGGUAGUUCUUGAAAACCAAAGUGAUGUUAUGUGUAUGAAGCUAGAGUAAGGGUGUCUAGUUUUGAGGUGUCUGGAAGUCCAAAAUUCAUUUUAUUUGCCUGGCCCAGGCCAAGCAUUUAAUUUCAGGCAGCAUGCCCAAAAUUAAUGCUCUUUUAAGACCCUGAAAUGCAUCAAGACUAUUCUGUUAAGGGGGCAACUGCAUAAGCAGCAGUCUUUAUUGCACAUGGACUCUUUUGCUGAUGGUAGUUCAGUUAGGACCUCAGUGAUGGUCUGCAUCAGGACCUACAACCUGAUGUUGCCUCCAGCUCAGGCUUCCUCAACCUCGGCCCUCCAGAUGUUUUUGGCCUACAACUCCCAUGAUCCCUAGCUAACAGCACCAGUGGUCAGGGAUGGUGGGAAUUGUAGUCCCAAAACAUCUAGAGGGCCGAGUUUGCCUAUGCCUGCUCCAGCUGCUUCAAUCUACCAUGGUUGCACUGGGUGAUGCGAGUUGCUUACCCAAAGCAUCUAGAGAGGGGGGCACCAGGUUAGGGAUGUCUCAUCUGCAUAAUCAAGGGGCUUUCCUGCUUUUCGAUACCCGUCUUCCCAUGACAAUUUUCGGUCAGUGCAUUUUACAAAAAAGAAAUGCAGAAGUUUCAGUUGCUCCUACAAGUGAUCUUUGAGUAAUGCAUUUGAAACUGAUGAAUUGUUUAAUUAUUAUGAGUGAAGGUGGUACGGAAGUUUUUUCUUUCUUUUAGGUACAGUUACAAAAUAUGCAUGUUUUUUUUAAAACCAAAAUGAGAACUUAGUUGUAAAAGAGCCAGUGUUUUUGUAGUGUUGCUUGAACACGAAAAUCCACUGCUCAGGAAGGGCUAAUAAAACUGCUGGGUUGGUAGAGACUUUUGUUUAGCAAAAAAAUUGAGGUUCACUCUUGUAUUUUUACUCUGGUGCACUGAAAUGUUUGACGCGAUUCUCCUGCUUGAAGUGGGUGGUGGGUGGGUGUGUUUCAUUGUGAAUGCAGCCAGUAGCAUUUUUAACAUUUGAUGAAUGUGAAACUAAAACGACACCAUGAACUGUACAGAUUGCAGCUAUUUAAGGUCUACGAUUCUCUAAAAACAACAGAUAGACUUACACACAUCUUUUGUUAUGGCACAUUUUUGUAGGUAUUUAUAUUGGCCAAGGAACACAACGAAUUUGAAAGCUACUCACUCAGUAGCUGCUUUCUUCAUUCACUGUUGUCAUACAUGUCGUUCCUUGUUUCUUUGCUGGCUGUAUGUAUGAAGAUAUGAUGCGUUGGGAGAAUUCUGCUCUCUAAACUGCGAAGGCUCGAAGGGGAAAUCUCACUGCAAUUGGUAUUUUCCUCCCAAGAUUAUCACUUUAUUGUUGGAAGUCCUAACUAAAUAAACUUCUAGACUUCUUUGGUAGUGAAGUGUCCUGAAAUGAUUUUAGCCUGCUGCAGUCAAGUGAUAGCUCUCACCCUCUGCUUCAGCUGCGGAAGCUCAACAAUUUUCUUAAUAGGAUUUCUCCACUUGAAUGAGGUGCCUCUUCCAGCAAGGUUUCAGCUACUGCAGAUCUAGGAAUCUGUGCAGGAACCACCAAACUGAUUCUAGUAUUUCACAAUAUGUAGUCUAGGCCCAAGCUUAAUUGUUGCCAUAGCUAAAAUUUAGCUGCUAAACUAAAGCUCAUCUAAUUCAGGGUCUAACCAAAAAGAAUAUUGGUUGAUCCAGAGAGACUGUUCUUGUUAAUAAGCUUUAAUCUGUAAUUUCUACUUCUUUAAGGGAAACUAUAUUUAAUUCUAAGUAAAACAGAGUGGUCAUAUCGGUUGUCCUAAAUAAAAUGUGAUGUUUAACAUUC